GGAGCCAAUCAGCGUUCUUCUCCUUCCCAGGUUGUACCUGCCUAGCUUGCCUUGACCGUGGCUCUGCAGAAUAUCAGUAAAAGCAGGACUAUUUCUUUCAAGAUGUGCCUCCGGGUUUUCCAUGCCGAGACAAGCUCAAACACCGCUUCCUAUUUCAUCUAGCAGCAGGUAACAUUUACAAUUAUGGAGGUUUAAAAAGGUAAAGUGUUUUGGGGGGAAGGGGUCUUUCCCCUCACACUGGAUGGACUGUUUGAAGGACUUUUCAGGUGGUUUUGGAAUUUGUUGCCUUUUGCACACUAAGCUAAACUAGAGAACUAUUACAAAGAAAGUAUUUUUGCAAAAUUGAGAAUAUAUAUGUUUGUAAAAUUUUGUACAGAAAAGAAAUAUCCAAAUUAUUUAUCAGUUGAUGAUGCCACUGAUGUUUCUUCCAGCACUGUGUUGCGUGGGUCACGUUGUUGAUAUGGUGGACUGAGGCUAGGUUGACAUUCACCCUGGGGUUGCUAGGGUGCGGUGGAAACCCAACACUUGCACAAUUCUAGCACCCCAAAGUUUGGACAGUGAGCACUUUCGUUUUUUUCUUUUUGCUUUGUGGUUGCUUUGUGUGGCAGGUUUAGUGUAACUGAUUGAUUUUUUAGGCCUUAUUAGCAGCUAAUACUGGUAGAAUAGGGCAUAUUUUCUGUUUAGUGCAGAAAAAGGAGUGUUAAAGUGUUGUGGGAAAGGGAGUAAGAUGAGUCUGGUAGCCCCAGAAUGCACACCAAAAUGCCAUUCACCACGUCAUGCGGAGGUGAUUGUGGCCGCUCUGACGAGUGGCUCAGAAGGACAACUAAAGGCCUUCCUGUCAGCUUACUGCCAUAAUGCUGCCACUCUGAAGGAUGAGUUUGGCCGCACUGCACUCCAUCUCGCUGCUUCACUGGGAAAACGAGCCUUGCUCGAAUGGCUUCUGGACAGCAAGAGUGCUGACCUGUUGCUGAAGGACAAGGAGUCGGGCUGGACGGCUCUGCACCGCAGUGCUUUCUAUGGACAAAUUCACUGCAUCAUGGCCCUCAUCAAGCGUGGUGGUUCACUCUCUAUUCCAGAUAAAGAGGGACUCUCUGUUCUGGACCUAACUAUGAAGGACCGCCCAGCUCAUGUUGUGUUUCAGAGCAGUGAUCCCACCGAGGUGUAUACCUGGGGUAACAACACCAACUUUAGCCUUGGACACGGAAAUCAGGAGAGCAGACACUAUCCUGAGAUUGUGGACCUGUUUGCCAGAACCAGAGUUUAUGUCAAACAGGUGGUCGUAUGCAAGUUCCACUCUGUCUUUCUUUCUCAGAAGGGUCAAGUUUUCACCUGUGGUCAUGGACAGGGAGGACGUCUUGGACACGGGGAUGAACAGACAUAUUUGAUUCCCCGUGUAGUGGAGGGGCUGGCCUCCCAUCACUGCUCGCAGGUUGCUGCAGCUAGAGAUCACACAGUGGUUCUAACUGAGGAGGGUUAUGUUUACACUUUUGGUCUUAACACAUACCACCAGCUAGGCCUGACGCCUCCUGUUGCCAGCCAAGUGCCCAAACAGGUGACUUCUAAGUGUUUGAAAGGGAAGAAUGUGGUUGGUGUUGCUGCUGGAAGGUUUCACACUGUUUUGUGGACAAGAGAUGCUGUCUACACUGUGGGACUGAACGGAGGACAGCUGGGAUACCUACUGGACCCAAAUGGGGAGAAGUGUGUGACUGUGCCCCGACAGGUGUCUGCUCUACACCACAAGGAUGUCACCAUUGCCAUGGCUACAGCCAGUAAUGGAGCAACUGUGUGCUUGACAGAGAAAGGGGAUAUCUAUUUGCUUGCUGACUACCAGUGCAAGAAGUUGGCCUCCAAGCAGCUGAACAUCAAGAAAGUUCUUGUAACUGGAGGCACUUUGGACCAUCGUGUAGACCCACACCUCCUAAAUGAGAGUGGAGGAGAGAAGAUAUCCAUCUUGGCCCUGGAUGAGAUUGGCAGGGUGUUCUGCUGGCGCUCUGUGGGCACUUCGUUGAGACAGUGUAGGUGGGCCUAUGGGCGACAAGUCUUCAUGUCUGAUAUCGCCAUUGGCAAGAGCAAAAUGAUGUUCAUCACACAGGAUGGAGAGGGCUUUAGUGGCCAGUGGCUUGGUGAAUACAAGAAGGGUAUAGAUAAAAAAGAGGUGUGCAGUCAUUCCGAGAGUGGAAGUGUCUAUGAGCGCAUUCGCCUGGAAAGGCUACCCUACAUCCAUCGAGCUGUCAGCAUUACCAUGGACUCUAAGGGCCGUAACUUCGGAGUGCUCCAGUCUGAUCCCAAAACCAGCAUUUAUGAAGUGCCCACUGUUUCAGCCUCCUUGUUCACCCAGCACUUCCAGCAGCUCCUGGCUGAAGCUGAUGAGACAGACAGCAUUCAUGAUGUGACCCUUCAGGCCAGUGAUCGUGUCUUUCCAACUCACAAGUAUAUCCUGUCAAUGCGUUCAGAAUUUUUCCGCAAGCAGCUCCUGCCAGAGGCUGGCCAGGGGGACAAGGUGGAUGGGGAGGUGAAGAGAAGUGUGGAUGCUGUGGGCUGUGACCUCCUGGUGCUUGAAAAUAUCUCGCCUGAUUUGCUAGAGCAGGCACUGCACUUCAUCUAUACAGACUCAUGUGAGAUGCUAGUGCAUGGAGCAAGGCCAAUAAUCUCACGCCUCUGCCAUGGGCCUGAGCAGAAGCAAAAGCAGCAGCAGCUAAUCUCCAGCCUGCAGGACCUGAACGUCAGUGGACGCUCUGCUCUGGAGAUCUACCGAUCCCUUCCUGCCUCAGUUCUCAGCCAGAGAGAAAAGCCAAUGAGCAAAGGUGCCAAAUCUGGGAAGAAGGAGAAGGGCGAUAGCGCUAAUGAAUCUAGCCACAAUCCUGUAAAGAUGCUGCAAGGAGUAGCCAAGAAACUGGGCUUGGGUAGUCUCUCAGCAAGGCUUGAUGGAGUGAAGUAUGAAAACGGGCAAAUCAGUGUGGUGCAAAAGAAGACUGGCAACAGACCAAGAUUCUACUUAAAGAAAUGCCCCUAUCUCUGUGAUGUCACCUUGAGGUCUGAGGAUGGGAAGGAGUUCCCUUGUCACAAAUGCAUACUGUGUGCUCGACUGGAGUAUUUUAACAGUAUGUUGGGGAAUCCCUGGAUUGAGUCUACAAGCUGUACUGCACUGGAGAUGCCGACUAGUGCCAAGGUCUUGCAGGUGAUCCUGGAGUACAUCUAUACGGAUGAAUCUCCUACUAUAAGAGAGUCUUUGAGUGUGGAGUUUGUAUGCAGUGUCCUGGUGGUGGCUGAUCAACUGCUCAUCACUCGGUUGAAGGAGAUAUGUGAAGUGGUCAUCACUGAAAAUCUGACUCUGAAGAAUGCUGCAGAGCUACUGGAGUUUGCCGUGAUGUACAAUGCUGAGCAGCUCAAACUCUCCUGCCUGCAGUUUAUUGUUCUCAAUAUGACUGCCUUGCUGGAGUCCAAGGCCCUGGAGAUCUUGAGUGAUGACGUGUUAUUGGAGCUGUCUGAAGCAUAUAGGAAAGCGAUUCCAGCCAUGCAGAGACGACAUAUCACUCCCUAUCUCAGUGCCCCUGAUCUGAGUGCCUAUGAAGACAUGAGCCUGGAUUCAACCACCAGCUGUAAAAACAGCUUUGAGCAGGAGAUGUCCUGCAAUGAUGGUCUGUUGAAGAAAACCAAGGUAAAGUCUAAGAAGAAACCACGUCGCCGCUUAGAUAGCUCAGGAGGGUACAACCUAUCUGAUAUCAUACAGAGUUCACCCACUGAUGUCAUUCAGAGCCCACCCUCUGUAGGUUUGGUAGACUCCAGGAAAGCUUGCUCAGUGGAAUCUCUGCAUGAACUGAUCACAUCUGAUUCUGAGGGCAGUUACAUUGGAGCGGGCAGCCCUCGAGACCUUCAAUCACCAGUCUUUCAGGACAGACCUUAUGUACAAGAGGAAAAGUCGGGGAAUGUCAGUUGGAAGACUCCUCCCAGUACUCCAACCUCAAUGAAAGGAUCUUUGCCUGUUAAGUGUUCCACCCCUGAACCCAUUCCUAGGGUUAAAGCAAGUCCAUCUUGCCUGGCACCUGUUCUGGAUCUCAGGGCCAUUAUGGAGAUGGAGGCCAACUCUCUGAACCUUGGAGCCACUCCGAAAAGCCCUGGCUCGUCUGGAAAUGGCAGUAAACCUUCAGUCAUCCCCACUAAACUGUCUCAGAAACAGAGGAAGAUGAUAGCCAUGGCUACCAGAGAGGCCAGUGUUGAUGGCAUGUCUGCCAAAUCUCCUCCUGGAGUUGUUCCAGUUAAGCCUGCAAAGAGCUGGGCAACAGCGGUGCAGUCUUCGCCUUCAUCACUGUCUUUUCGGGAUUUGUUAAUGGAAGAGGAGCAGCGUGAUAAAUCGUCAGCAACUGCUGCCAUGGCUCCUGGGAGUCCAGCGAGUACUGUUGGCACGGCCACUUGUGCCAAAAGAGUGACCUUUAAGUGUGCCGAGCCUGGCAAUGCUGGCAAACCUGCAGGGCCAUGGGUACUUGGACAGGUGGGCAGUCCACCAGCUGCUACUGCAGUCACUUUUGCAUCUAUCGUUGAAGAGGAGAAGCAGCAGGAAGCUGCACUCAUCCGCAGUCGAGAGAAACCUCUAGCAUUGAUACAGAUAGAGGAGCGAGCAAUCCAAGACUUGCUGGUUCACUACAGGGCUUUCAACAACCCGGAUGAGCUCAUCAUUGUGGAAAGAUCCCCCCAAGGUCCUAUUGCUGCCCCUACCUGGAACAAACAUUCAAAUUAGCGCACACACUCUUUUAAAUGCCUGCUACAUACCUUUGUGUGUUCCAGUCUCCGUUAAUGCAUACCAUGGCUGUGUACAUUUGCUGUGUUACUGGCUGGAUUUUUUUCCCCCCAUCUAUUUCUUUCUGCGAAUCUUAUGAUAUGGCCAUGGAAUUCUAUACUUCUAGAGGAAUGCCCUGUAUAGUCCUCGCCAAAUAACGCAAUUCACAAUGCUGUUAUGUAUUCCGAAAUUAGUUUUUUUUUUUUUAGUUUUCUUGCUUAUGAUUUACAGCAGUUUAAGUCUAUCCAAGUCCAUGGGAAUUACAAGACAGAGUGAAUGUUAACUGAAGCCUUUAUUGAGUCUUUUGUUGUGUGUGUUCAAUGAUUAUAAUGGGGCAGAGUAUUCUGGAAGUGGCAUGCAAUAAAUAAAGAACUCCUGCACUAACA